GAUAUCAUCAUGUAGAAGUUGCGAUUCAGUUCACAAGAAAUUUAAUGACCUCAGAUGAAAGAAAAUAUUUACAUGUAAGAUGUGUGUGAAGGACAUAUUAAUUUUUCAUCAUGGAAUAUCAUAAUUUAGCAAUGUUUCUGCUUUGAUUACUCCAAAGAAAUGACGGAGCUCGGUGGCAGGUUCAGCAGUGCAAAAGCGGCAGACUAUGAUCGGCAGUUUGAGGAAGACCUUGAACGUGCCAGAGCUCUUAGUCUUGAAAGUUUAGCAUUGGAAAAAUUUAGGCAACAGAAGGAGCUUGAGAAAUUCAGAGUGAAAACACAAAGCGUGCCAAUAACAGAAACUGAACUUACGGUACCAACUGCUGAUGGAAUUCCAGUGCAGCAAAUGGAAUGUACAGAGAUAAAGUCACGGCCUCGGCCUGGCUCCUUCAACACCGGUCGGCCCCGAGUGCCAAGAUUGCCACCGCCUCCCCCUGCAGUACAGCGUCGUAACAGCACAACUAACUCUUCAGUGGAUGACAGGAGUGAUUCACAGGACCUGAUAUCAUUUAGCAGCCCAUCGCCUCCAGAUCGAAGUAGCUGCGGUCUCGAUCUCGAAUCUCUGGUGUCGGACACCGACCGGCCUAGCUUCGAACGUAGCCAGAGUGCUGUUCCGCAGAUGAGACUGUCUUCAUCAUCGAGUGUAUCAUCACCUUUUGUACCAUCCAUUCAGCAUGGAUAUCCAAAAAGUGGUUCUAAAGCAGAUACUAUACAUUCGUAUCACCCUUUGCAACACUCACCUCAGCAACAAAGCCAUUUACAGCCAAGGUCAGGGUUUCUUGGUUUUUCCUACAGAACAGCAUUAUCUGAAGAUAGCCCUGUUUAUAACACAGUCAUUCCUGUAGUAAACAAGUCAGAUUUCUCUGUGCAGCAAGUGUUUGAUCCAGUGCGAACUUUCUCUCAAGCAGUACCCGGUGUCCAUAAAGGUGUGUCAGGAACUGGAGAUUCAUCAAAUUUCAAUGUUCUGAAGGUCAUAGAGAAGAAAGACAAUAGUAACUUAAUUGACCUCCAGUCAUAUGACAGCAAGGAAGAGGAAUCUGUAGACAAAACAUUAGUGAGAGUUAGUGUCCUUGAAGCAUUUGACCCAUUAUUAUCAAGUGAUGUUCAUGGCAAGUAUAAUGAAUUCAACAGAACUUCUGAAACAGAUAUGUCAGGUGCUGAUUCAAAAAAUGUGGUGGACGAUACAGAGUCACAAUGUUCGGGCAGCUAUUAUGACGCUUAUGAUCCUUUCGACUACAUGCAUGCUCCAUCAUGUGAUGGCUCUCAGUCAGAUCCAGUAUAUGCAGCUGUUGUGAAAGAGAAGGCCCCAGCUACAGUCACAACACCACCACCACUGCCACCACGUAGCUCAGCUGCCUGGAGUACAAUUGAAAGGAGAAGGUCCUCUCUUGAAAGAAGGACAAAGACAAAAAGUCGACUGUACGAAAAUGUCAGAGUAAGAAAGUGCAGUACAGUACAUCAAAAUUCGGAACUAUUGGCCUUCCAUAAUAUGGUUAAAAAACUCCGAUCUGAAUUUCCAUGUGAUGAUCCAUAUACAAAUGUCGGUUUAGUCAUUAGUCCAACUCUGGAAAGUACAUAUGCAGAAAGAACCAGCAUAAAAUUAGUUGUUCACUCUAAAAAGGAUGAAAAUCCUGUAACCUUUACUUGUGAUGUAAACUCCACUGUGGAACAUGUAAUUUAUCAUGUUGUUUGUGAAUUGGAAGGUGACCUAACUGGUGAUGUCAAAGAUUAUGUUUUGAAAGUAUGGGGUCUAGCAGAAUACUUUACAUCUCAGACUAGCCUUUCAGAUUAUGAAUAUGUACAUCAAUGCAUAAAACUGGAACAAGAUGUUGUGCUCACGAUUUUGCAUAUUGAUCAGUUAACUAGGCCUCUAGCAAGGACAUUGCAGGAUGACAAAAGGGAUACUAUUUUGACUCUGGAAGAGUUAGUUCCAAAUGAACCAUCACAUCCAAUAACUCAUGAUAAUUUAUUAAUAAUUUUACAGACAUUAGAACAAGAAAUGGAGAGAGUUCAUCAUGCUGCAUUGCAAAUGGCAGAGAAGAAUAAUCCUAGUGUUAUGCCUUCCUUACAAUCAAAAGGAGUUGUACAGGCUGUGAAAGCUGUAUGUACAUACUUAGGAAAUAUAGAAACACAAGAGAUAACAGAAGCUCUUGAAGGCUUCAAGUCAGCUUGCCUCCAGUUCAUACCAGUCACCCAGACAGAAGUAGAACGCUCAAGAUCUGGUAUUGCUGUGAAACACCCUGAAAUUCUUGAUGAUGAUGGUGAUUAUUCAAUAGUGACUCUGAGGAUGCAGAGUGCUUCUGACCAUGUUGAGAAUGUAGCUGAAAAUAUUACCCAUCACUGUGAUAAUAUUCGUGAUGCCAUUCAAGUGAUGGUGGAAACUUACUGUCAUGCAUUUCAUGUUGACUUCCAGCUUAGCACCAAAGCUGAACUACCAUCCAAUACAAAGCACAGUUCUGAGAUAUUAGACUCAGUUCUAGUUCAUGUAGGUGGACUGCACCGCCUGAAUCAAGACUGGAAUUAUGACCAGUACCUUGUAGCAGCACAGAUAUACCACGGCACAAGACCUUUGGGACAGCCAGUUCUUACACAUCCUAUUGUUCGUUCCAUGGGCCUAUUCGAAAGAGUGCUUUUCGACUUUUGGCUAAAUUUCGAAGGAAUAAGUAUUUGCAUGCUGCCUCUUGAAUCUCGUAUAGUCUUGGUUGUGUAUGGCCAGACUGUUUUGCCCCCUGAAAACCCAGAUACAAAGGAUGCAUCACAAGAACCAAGACUGCAAAAAAUUGAACUCGGUUGGGCAGCUUUGCAGUUCUUCGACUGUGACAGGGUAAUGGUUCAGGGAAGCUUCCUUCUUUCAUUGUGGCCUGCAGUAGCAGACAAGAGACUGGGACCAGCACCUGCUGCAGGAACACGGCCACAUGCUGACACUGAACCUGUGUUGUGGAUCGAUGUACCAGAGUUUGGUGCCCGAAUAUUGUUUCCACGACUGGAGCCUCACAAAAUGUCUGUACCCAAAGGUGAUUUUGGUAGUUUGGAUCCAAAUACCCAAGAGCUCUUGAACAUGAUUGCUGAGCAAGACACAUUUACAAGAACACCGGUCGAGGAACGUGAAGUGCUAUGGGAGAAGCGUCACUACCUGUACUCAAAACCAAAAGCAUUGCCCAAGGUGCUUCUGGCUGCACACAGCUGGGAUUGGGCAUGUCUGGCAGAUUUGCAUGCCAUGAUACAUAAUUGGGCCAAAAUGGACCCCCUGAGUGCUCUGCAGCUACUUUUGCCCUGCUUCCCAGAUACAGAAGUGCGGCGUGUUGCUGUAACGUGGGUGGAAGACAUGGGUAGUGAUGAAUUGGUGGAUUUACUGCCACAGUUAGUCCAAGCACUAAAACACGAAACUUGGGAAGCUUCACCGCUCGCACAUUUCCUGCUGAAGAGGGCGCUUAUUUCACCACGUGUUGCACACCAUCUGUAUUGGCUUCUCACUCAAACUUUGCCAGGAGAAUCACCUCAGAAUACUUCAGAAGCUAUUCACUAUGAUGAGAGGACAUUGAGUGAAGCCCGCUAUUACCGACGGUUGCAGUUGAUGCUUAGAGCACUGAUUGCUAUUUCUGGCAGUGCCCUGCGGCAGAGAUUUUUUUCACAACAGCUGCUUGUAAAAAAUAUGUAUGAAACAGCUGAGAAGGUGAAGAGUACAAAAGAAUCAUUGCGACUAAAGGUUCUAAUACAAGAACUUGAAGUGCUUCAUCAUAGUUUAAAUGAGAAUCCGACUUGCUUACCAUUGAGCCCAAGUUUAGAAGUUGGAGGUAUCCAGGUUCGCACAUGCUCUUAUUUCCCAUCCAAUACACUGCCUCUGAAGAUAAACUUCUUGAGCACAGAGUCUGGAAUUAUACCUGCUAUUUUCAAGGUUGGGGAUGACUUGCAGCAAGACAUGCUCACCAUUCAGAUGGUUCGUAUCAUGAACAAAUUGUGGCUAAAGGAAGGAUUGGAUCUGAAAAUGGUGACAUUCUCAUGUGUUCCUACAGGUCACAAGAGAGGUAUGAUAGAAAUGGUCACAAAUGCAGAAACUUUAAGAAAGAUACAAGUUGAACUUGGACUUACUGGAUCAUUCAAAGACCGUCCUAUUGCUGAGUGGUUAGCCAAACAUAAUCCAUCAGCUUUUGAAUAUGAAAGAGCCGUUGCAAACUUUACAGCAUCCUGUGCUGGUUAUAGUGUAGCAACAUAUAUUCUGGGAAUAUGUGAUAGGCACAAUGACAACAUAAUGCUAAAAACAUCAGGACAUUUGUUUCAUAUUGACUUUGGAAAAUUUCUUGGUGAUGCACAAAUGUUUGGAAACUUUAAGCGGGAUCGAACUCCUUUUGUUCUCACGUCGGAUAUGGCAUAUGUUAUUAACGGUGGUGACAAGCCUACAGCAAAAUUCCACCACUUCGUUGAUCUGUGUUGCCAGGCAUUUAACAUUGUACGAAAACAUGGAAAUCUUAUUCUCGAUCUCUUUGGAUUGAUGGUGUCCUCUGGAAUACCAGGUGUAACGAAGGAGGCAGUAGAAUAUGUGCAACGGGCACUUCUGCCUAACUUGUCGAAUCCUGAAGCAGCUGCAACGUUUGCAAGAAUGAUUGAAAGUUCUUUGAAGUCUUGGUUCACACAGUUCAAUUUCUUUCUCCAUAAUUUAGCACAGUUGAGAUUUACUGGCGAUCAUAAUGAUGGUGAACUGCUCAGCUUUAUUCCCAGGACCUACACAAUGCAGCAGGAAGGACGAAUUAAAAGUGUGCAUGUAUAUGGUUACCAGAAACGUUAUGACCCAGAAAAAUAUUAUGUAUAUAUAUUAAGAGUGGAGAGAAUCAAUCAGCCAGAUCCAACUUUCUUGUUCCGGUCAUAUAAAGAAUUCUGUGAGCUUCAUCAGAAGCUGUGCAUCCUUUUCCCUCUGGCCAAAUGCUACAGUUUGCCAACAGGAUUAUCAAUGGGUCGAUCAAAUAUAAAACAAGUAGCUGAAAAGCGGCGAGUAGAUAUUGAGCGCUUCCUGAAGUCUUUAUUUGAGAUGGCCGAUGAAAUAUCUCAUUCUGAUUUGGUUUAUACUUUUUUUCACCCUCUCCUGAGAGAUCAACAAGAGGCAGAUAUACGUGCAAGAAAAGUGAAAGCAGAGCCAAGAAUACGUCGAGAAGAUCGUGGUGAAACUGGGAGAGUCCGAGGGCAGUUGAAGCUCUCCCUGCACUAUCAGCGAGGUGUUUUUAUGGUGAUGGUUUAUCAUGCCAGAGAUUUGCCUUUAGUCGCAGGAGGGCAGGAACCUUCUACUUACGUCAAAGUGUAUUUACUUCCUGAUCACAAUAAGGCUACAAAAAGAAAAACAAAGGUUGUUAGGCGAACAUGUCAUCCAUCAUUUAUGGAAAUGUUGGAGUAUCGAAUGCAACUGGAUAUUGUGAAGUCUCGAAAGUUACAAGCAACAAUUUGGAAUCACGACACCCUCCAGGAAAAUGAGUUUCUUGGGGGUUUCACAUUACCACUAAAUGCAAUUGAUUUGUCUCAGGAAACAAUAGAAUGGUAUACUCUUACUAAUAUCAGCAGAUGAAGGCUACUGGAGUGUAGACAUCUAUCUUUUAGUGAUCAUUACGUGUCCAAAGAAUUUUUAAUGUGUAGAAUCACUCAAAAAAAUUUAGCUUUCGUAUACAACUGUUCGUGGCUUUGAGUGAUUUGUGAGAAAGUAUUUUUCUCAUUUUUAAGACUCGUGUGCUGCAUCAAUGAAAUGAAACUGAAUGUACGGUGUAUAGUGACUUGUAUAAAGUUAGGUGGUAACUUACAAACCCAUGUUCCAAUCAAACCAAAAAUCUCCUUGCAUUCAUUCUUUAUACCCCCUCUACCACAACCUUGCCACUGUAACAUAUGAAAUUGAUAGUCAUAUUUAUUUAUCAAUUAUUUAUUCGUAAAUGAUGUAACAUAAUAUUUGCCAAAAUGCAUUUAUAAUAAUGAUGAAUUCUUUGCUUUUGUUACAAUUUAUAUAUU